AUGGCGCGCCAGUACCUCGCGCUUGCGCUGCUGCUGCUCGCGGUCACCAUCUCGACGACCGCCAUGACUUCAGCGAAUGGCGCGACGCUCGUCAUCAGCAACAUCGACCGCAGCCUGACGGUCGACAACUACACCAUCUACGGCCAGAACAUUUACGACAACGAAACCGGCGUCCAAGUCAAGCCGACCAAAAACCCCGACGGGUCGCUCACGGUGGAAGGCAAGUACACGUGGUACCCGAACGGCACCAUCGCCGCACCCGGAGUGAUUAUCUACAUCGCCGGCGCGGCCAGCUUCGUGGAAAUCGCGAACACGAAGCUGUACGGCAAGGGCGGCAUCGCGCGGAACGCGGCGACGGACGCGGUGAUUCCGUGGGUUGAGAAUCCCGACGGCUCGUUCACCGCCGGCGACAUCACCGGCUGGGCGAACGGCACGUUCCGCGGCUCCAAUGGCGUCGUGCUGCGAACGCGCCUCUCGUUCAAACCAACGAAUGGCGGCGGAAGCACCGGUAGCGGCGGAGGCACGGGCACCGGCGGUGGCACGGGCACUGGCGGAGGCACGGGCACUGGCGGGAGUACGGGCACCGGCGGAGGAACGGGAACUGGCGGAGGCACGGGUACUGGCGGAGGCACGGGUACUGGCGGAGGCACGGGUACUGGCGGAGGUACGGGCACUGGCGGAAGCACGGGCACUGGCGGAAGCACGGGCACUGGCGGAAGCACGGGCACUGGCGGAAGCACGGGCACUGGUGGAGGCACGGGUACCGGCGGUGCCACGGGCACGGGCGGAGGCACGGGCACUGGCGGAGGCACGGGCACUGGCGGUGGCACGGGCACCGGCGGAAGCACGGGCACUGGAGGAAGCACGGGCACUGGCGGAAGCACGAGCACCGGCGGAAGCACAGGCACCGGCGGAGGCACGGGCACCGGCGGAGGCACGGGCACCAGCGGAGGCACGGGCACCGGCGGAAGCACGGGCACGGGCGGAAGCACAGGCACCGGCGGAAGCACGGGCACCGGCGGGAGCACAGGCACGGGCGGAAGCACAGGCACCGGCGGAAGCACGGGCACCGGCGGGAGCACAGGCACCGGCGGAGGCACGGGCACGGGCGGAAGCACGGGCAGCGGCGGAGGCGUGAACCCGGACGGCAGUGUGGCGUUGGGCGCGGACUAUAAGGUGCUGCCCAACGGCACGGUGGUCGACGCAGCUGGCAAGCCCGUCGCUCCCGUUGCCAAUCCCGACGGCUCGUUCACUGUUGGCGGCAAGUACACUGCCUUCCCCAACGGCACGAUUGUGGGUCCCGACGGGUCGGUGGUGGAGAGCGGCAAGAAAUUCGCUGUCAAUCCGGACGGCACGAUCGCUGUUAUCGCCGACCCCAGCAGCACCAGCCUGACUGUGAACCCCGAUGGCAGCCUGACCGUCGGACCCGGCUACACCAUGCUACCUAACGGCCAGGUGGUUGACUCCACUGGAGCUUUUGUCACGCCCACUGUCAACCCGGAUGGGUCGUAUUCCGUUGCCGGUGACUACACGGCGUACAUCAAUGGCACGGUCACUGCUCCCGGUGUUUCCAUCGCCACUGUCUCCGGCGCGCCUGAAUACACAAUUGGCAGCACAACGAUGCUGGCCAAUGGCACGGUGCUGGACGGGGCUGGAAAGCCGAUUAAGCCAACGCCGAAUGCAGACGGGUCGUUCACGGCGGGUGACAUCACAGGGUUUCCGAACGGCACGCUUGUGGGCGCCAAUGGUGCCGUGGUCAACACUGGCAAGCAGUUCGCCGUCAGCCCCGAUGGCAUCAUCGCCGUCACCUCUCCUGCGCCUGGCUCCAUCCCCGCUCCUGGCUCCAUCCCUGCGCCUGGCUCCAUCCCUGGUCCCAUUCCCUCUGACCCCAGCAGCACCAAUCUGACGUUCAAUCCCGAUGACAGCCUGUCUUUCGGGCCCGGCUACACCAUGCUGGCAAACGGCACGGUGCUUGACUCCUCUGGAGCCCCUGUUGCUCCCAUCCUCAAUCCGGAUGGGUCCUACUCUGUUGGCGCUGGCUACACUGCCUACCUCAACGGCACGCUCGCAGCUCCCGGCGUUGCCAUCGACCUCGUCGGCACGCCCGGAGUCACAAUAGGCAGCACGAAGAUGCUCACCAAUGGCACGGUGCUGGACGCGGCUGGAGCGCCGAUCACGCCGAUGGAUAAUGGGGACGGGUCGUUCACAGCAGGCGAGCUGACUGGGUAUGAGAACGGCACACUUGUGGGCGCCAACGGUGCCGUGGUCAACACUGGCAAGCAGUUCACCAUCAACCCUGAUGGCACCAUCACUGUCACAUCUGCUGCCCCUGGUUCCAUCCCCGCGCCUGGCUCCGCCCCUGCACCUGGCUCUGAGGCUGCACCUGGCUCUGAAACUGCCCCUGGCUCUGUUCCUGCACCUGGGUCUGAAAUUGCGCCUGGCUCUGAGGCUUCGCCUGGCUCUGUUCCUGCACCUGGGUCCGAGACUGCACCUGGCUCUGAGGCUACACCUGGCUCUGAGGCUGCACCUGGCUCUGAGACUGCACCUGGCUCUGAAACUGCCCCUGGCUCUGAAACUGCCCCUGGCUCUGAAACUGCCCCUGGGUCUGAGACUGCUCCUGGCUCUAACCCUGGUCCCACUCCCUCUGACCCCAGCGGCACCAGGGUGACGUUCAACCCGGACAACACCUUGUCAUUCGGGCCCGGCUACACUCUCCUGGCCAACGGCACAGUCACUGACUCCACUGGCGCCGCUGUCUCUCCCACUCGCAAUCCGGACGGCUCCUUCACUGUCGGCGGCGACUACACUGCCUACCUCAACGGCACGCUCACUGCUCCUGGCGUUGCUGUCAGCAUGGCCGGCACGACCGGAGUCACAAUUGGCGGCACGACAAUGCUGCCCAAUGGCACGGCGCUGGACGCGGCUGGAGCGCCCAUUGUACCGACGGAUAACGGGGAUGGGUCGUUCACAGCGGGUGACAUCACAGGGUAUGAGAACGGCACACUUGUGGGCGCCAACGGUGCCGUGGUCAACACUGGCAAGCAGUUCACCAUCGGCCCCGAUGGCACCAUCACCGUCGGCGCUCCUGGCUCUGCCCCUGCGCCUGGCUCCCUCCCUGGCCCCGUUCCUUCCCCCGCCCCCCCCCCUUCCAGCGGCGGCAGCGUGACGUUCAACCCCGAUGGCAGCCUGUCGUUUGGACCCGGCUACACUCGCUUCCCCAACGGCACGGUUGUUGACUCCGCCGGUGCGCUCGUCUCCCCCAGCAAGAACACAGACGGGUCUGUCUCUGUGGGCGGAGACUACACCUUCUAUCCCAACAACACCUUCACUGCACCUGGCCUCUCCUUUGCUGAGACCGGUGGGCGGCUCACCAUCGGAGCCACGACAAUCCUGGCCAAUGGCACGGUGCUGGAUGCAGCAGGGCAGGCGAUUCAGCCAACGGUGAACUCGGAUGGAUCAGCAGCGACGGCGGGAGAUCUGACGGUGUACAGCAACAGCACCAUCACAGGGACGAACGGUGCGGCUGUGAGCACCUUCAGAAAGACCACCAUCGGCCCCGACGGCACCAUCAGCUUUGCUGCUGUUACUCCCAGUCCCAGCACCUCCCCUGCAUCUCCCACUCCCUCCUCCGCUACUCCCUCCUCCUCUGCUGCCGCACCGCCACCACCCAAGCCUGCUGGUUCUCUCACUUCACCGGUCACUGCCUUGGCCACCGCCAUCACUGUUGCGCUCACCUCCCUGCUCUUUGUGUAG